CUGAGCUGUACUGAAGUGGUUUUGCAAUGUCACAUCUGCUUUAAUACACAUAUUUUGGAGCGUAGCCCCGGUCACAGAGAGUCACUGUAGGUUGCAUCACCCUGUGGGUUCCACAGCUUGUCCACCAAGAAAAAGCAUCCGUGAACUCAGAUAACCUAAAUCCUCAGAGGAGCGGAGUCGAGGAGACACACGGCCACCGAGGAAUGCUGUUGAAUAAGUCUCAACCGCAUUCUAACAGAGACUCAGGUGAUCGGAGAAUAGGAGGACACACCACCGGCGAUAGGGGACAUUAUCUUCUCCUUUUAUGAGCCCCUGUUCCAGAGAUAAUGUCGUGUUAUUAAAGUGCGCAGUGAAGUGUCAGGGCCCGUCUGGAUCGUAGGAACACGUGAUGAGGUGAAACACCUGGUGAUGCAAACGCAAAUGGGCCUUUACAAGACCAAAGAUGUCAUUCUUUACUGCAGGUUACAGUACGUACGGCUCGUGUCCCCUGGAGAGGUUCAUAGGUGUACGUACAAGUACUGGAACUUUGCUGGAUUCUGUACCCUACGUGCAUAGUUCCUUUGAUAAAGCGUGUACUUUUUACUUCACUGUAUUCAUCCAAAAUGAUAAAAGUAGCGUACUCAGUGCUAAGCAAUAGGAUUCAAUUUUUUCAUAUUUACUUUUGCAAUGAAAAUCUGUUGGGAAUUGUUUGGGUCCACUGCUGGUUUUGCACAGUGGCUUAACAAGGUGAUCUAACAGAUCAGAAUGAACGCUUUGCUUCUCCUAACGUCAAACGACAUUUCAUUACGAUGCUCCAAAUGUCCAAAUCCUUCAUUUAAGAGAUUUAAGAGAAUCAAAUGCACACUGCAAUCUAACAUUGGGAUUGUGGAAUACGUUGUAGGCUGCGUAGGAGUAAUGUUUCAAGGCCUGUUUGUCAUGCUAAAGCUACCAUUGCCCAAGAAUCAGAGGCCAUUCACCCUGCUAUUAGAACCAACCGCCCACACUUUAGGCAAACACAGAGUGGCAAGGUGAGUCCUUGUACUCAAAUCCAUGCAUGUGUUAAAUAAUAAUUACUAUGUGCUUUGUAUUAUUUAGAACAACUUAAACCAAAAAGAAGCACAAUGUGUGCGAUAUUAACCAGAGUUAGACUUAAUUUGGUAUCUCUAUAGACAGAGCGGUGGACUAAAGUCUUCUCGUCACGUGACGCUGCAUCGAUCCUCCCUCGUCUGCCCUCUUGUGGUGGAAACCCUGGGUCAAGAGACAGGAGCUUUAAUCCUGCUCUGCACAUACAACACCAGAUUGUACAGUUUCAUAACCAUGACUGCAGCGGCUCUCAUCGGGGACCAGCUGAUCCUCGAGGAGGACUACGAUGAGAGCUAUUCGCCCUCCGAACAAGAGGUCCAAGAGUACGCGAGGGAGAUUGGCAUCGAUCCCAACAGCGAGCCGGAGCUCCUGUGGCUGGCCCGGGAGGGCAUCGUGGCCCCUAUGCCACCCGAGUGGAAGCCUUGCCAGGAUGUGACCGGGGACAUCUACUAUUUCAACUUCUCCUCGGGCCAGUCCACCUGGGACCACCCCUGCGACGAGCACUACCGCCGCCUGGUGGAGCAGGAGCGCGAGCGUGGCCAGCUGGCGGCCGCCGCGGGAGGGGCGGCGGCGAAAAAGGACAAGAAGAAGAAGAAAGAAAAGAAGGAGAAGAAAGAGAAAAAGAAGAAGAAGGAGCCGCUCAAGACUCCUGGAGCCCUGGGUUCAGGCCUGGGACCCCUCCCACCCCCGCUCGGCAGCCUGGCUCCUCUGAGAGGUCUGGACGCCCCAGCAGCAGGUCUGAUGCCCGGCUCUGCUCCCGCUCUCCGACGGCCCCUCGGCAGCUCCGGUGGGCUGGAGCCCCUCAAGACGUCCCUCGGGGCCCCUCGGAGCGGCGCAGCUGGCAGUGCUUUGGGCAGCCGGCGGGAGGAGAGGGUCUCUCUCACUCGGCCCAGCUUCGAUGACGACGACGACGACGGGAAUAUCUCAGGAAACGAGCCGAGUCCUCCUGCUUCAGACGGGUUAUUGAAGAACCUUCACCUGGACCUGGAUGCCCUCGGAGGAGGCCUGCAGUACGAGGACAGUGAAGCCAGUGGUGGAGUUCCAGCUGAAGAGAGGACAGAACCAGAGCUGCAGGACUUGGCCUUAUCUGGCGAUCUCAGCCCCGAACCGCCCUCUCAACAGGACUCUCUGAGGGGACGCCGCCUCCACCUGUCCUCACUGGCGGGGCGGAGGAACCACGUCAGUCAGGAGGGGGCGCGUCCGAAACACGCCGCUAGGCGGAGGGCGGCGCAGGAGAUAAGCGAGGUGGUGGAGGAGGAGCGGGAGGCGGGCGAGGAACUUCAGGAAAAGAAGGGAGAGGAUGAAGGAGGAGGGGGAGAGGAGGGAGGGACCGUGGGGAAAGGAGAGGACGGAGACGAGCUGGAAGAUGGAGAGGCGCAAGAAGAGGAGGCAGAUGGGAGACAAAGCAAAGACGAGGGGGAGGAGAGGGAGGAGGAGCAGCAGCAGCAGAGAAGUAAAAGGUCCAUAGGAAGCGGGAAGGAAGAGGGGGAAGUAGAGAACCACGAGGUAGUGGAGGAAUGCUGUGCAGGAGCUGAUCAUGAUGCCAGCGCAGAGGAGGAGGCCAAAGGCAGAGGAGAGAAUGUGGAGUUCGACGAUGAUAGUUGGAUGGAGGAGGAGGCGAAAGAAGAGGUGGGAGUAGUAAAGAAACGCUCCAAAGGUGAGGAGGAGGAGGACAAAGUUGACAAAGAGAGGGAUGAGCUUGAGGGAAGCGUAGAUGAUGAAGAAGGGCAGAGUCACAGCGAGGAGGAUGAGGAGGUGGAGAUGCAUGCCGAGGGAGAGAAAGAGCAGGAGGAAGAGGAGGGGGAGAUCGACGAGGCUCUGGAGAGAUGCUCCCUCAGCCAGAGGAGACUGACCGAGAGCGACGAGGAGGUGAUAGAGAGAUGCGUACAGAGCGAGGGAGGGGAAACGGAGGGGGAGGGGCUAGAGGGGGACGACGAAUCGGACGCCCGAAAGCCCCGGACUUCAUCGGAGAGCGAGCGGGAGGAGGAGGAGGAGGAGGAGGUGGAGGUUUCCGGGGCCGCCCUCAGCGAGGAGGCGAGGAAGAAGAGUGACCUUAAAGGGCUCCACCAAAAGAGACAAACUCUGGCAGGCCAGAUGGAGACUGUGAGAAAAAAAUGCCCCCUUCCUGCCGAGGAGUCCGGGGCCAGCGGGAGCGGCGAGGAGGCGUCAUCCUCCGCCAAGGUCAAGCUGUCGGAGAGGGUUCUGGACCACGACGAGCGGUUCGGCACCGUCAGUCCGCUGGAGGGAGACGACAAAGAGGAGGAGGAGGAGGAGGAGGAGGAGGAGAGUGGAUGGGGGGCAAAGAAGGCCAAUAAUGCCAACAGGCACUUUCAGGCUGCUCUGAGUGUUGACCGGCUGGUCCUGGACCAGUCCAGCCCCUCGCCCCGUCUCUCCUCCUCAGAGCGAGAUGUGGGGCUCCGCCCGAAAGGCGGAAGCCUCGGCGCGCCGCUGCCGCUGCGAAGGCCCGAGACCUCCAGGGGGCGGCUGGUCCGAGCCUCCGGGGAGACGGAACUGCCCCCGCAAAGCCAGGAGGACUCACUGGAAGAAGAUCCACGCUGGAGAAUCCAGAAAGACAGGGAGAAUGAAGAGAGGGAGGAAGAGGAAGAGGAGCGGAAGAGGGCGGAGAGAGAGGAAGAGGAGAAGAGGAGGAAGAGGGCAGAGAGAGAGGAAGCGGAGCGAGAGGAAGAGGAAAAAAAGAGGAAGAGGGCAGAGGGAGAGGAAGCGGAGAGGAAGAAGGUGGAAAGUGAGAAAGAGGAGAGGAAGAAGGUGGAGAGGGAGGAAGAGGAGAGGAUGAAACUAGAGAGUGAGGAGAGGAGUCUGAGGGAGAGAAAGGAGGAGAGGAAGCGAGAAGAGGAAGAGUUGAGGAAGAGGACGGAGAGAGAGGAAAGGAUUCUGAGGGAGAAGAAGGAGGAGAGGGAGAGGGGGGAGGCCGAUCGAGAUGAGGAGGAGGAGAGGGAGCACGUGACCAAGGAGAAGAAGAGUAGAAUGCUCCUCCUCCGAGAGGACCUGAGGAGAGAAGACGAGGAGGAGGAGAGGAAGCUGAAGGAGGAGAGCGAGGAGAGACUGAGGGCUCUGCGUCAGCGUCUCCUCUCUGAGAGGAGAGAGGAGGAGGCCAGGCUGAGCGAGGAGUCCGACAGGACGCUGCAGGAGCUCAGAAGCUCCGCCCAGCAGGAGGCGAAGAGGCAGCAGCGCCAACUCAGGGAGGAGAACGAGGACGCGCUGGAGAAGCUGCGCGCCGCUCUGGAGGCCGAGCGGGCGGCGGAGCGCGGGCGGCUGGAGGCCCAGACGAGGCGGGACUUUGAGCGCCUGAGGGCGGAGUCGGAGGAGGCGCUGCAGGCGGAGAGGCGGAGGCUCCGGGGCGAGAGGGAGGAGAAGCUGAAGCACGAGGUCAAACUCACAGAUAGGAGGAGUCCACGACCUGAACAUCACCUGGCAGAGUACCACCGAGAGCUGGGCGACGUUCUCCAGGAGGUGCGCGAGGAGGUGCAGCGCGAUCACGAGAGGAAGCUGGAGCAGCUGCGGGAGGACCACCGGCGGGAGAUGAACAGCAUCAGAGAGAAACACCUGGACGAGGAGACUGCUGAGAGGGCGUGCUCGCUCUCUGCUCUGCAGGAGGAGAGGGAGCAGCUCCGGGCCUCGCACGCUGUCCAGCUGGAGAAACUCCGGGUGCAGCUCGACGCUCAGAUCCAAAAGAAGCAGCUGGCGCACGCGCGCAGGGAGUCCGAGCUGGACGACAUGGCGGACCAGAUGGAGCUGAGAGCCAAAGAGCUGAAGAGCCAGGAGGCCAUGCUGCAGACCAAGGCAGCAGAUCUGAAGAGGAGGAAAAAGAAGCUCGGGGAGGACGAGGAGGAAGUGGACAGGAAGUUAGAGGCCUUCCCCCGGCUGACCCAGGAGAGGGACCAGCUGACGGAGGAGCUGGAGAGGGCGAGGGAGGAGAAGCAUCAAGCCAGAGAACUUAUCCAGCGGGCGCGGGAGGAGAGAAGCGAGGCCAAGGAGGAGGGGGCGAAGCUGAGGGAGGAGAGGGACAAAGCCAGGGAGGAGAGCAGGAGGCUAAAGGAGGACAAGGCACGGCUGGAGAGCAAGGUGGCGCUGCUGGACGAGAGAUGCGAGCGCCUCGGUCGCAGAGUCAGCAAGUUGGAGCAAAGCGAGGCGGCGAGCGCCCCCCCCAGGCCAGAAGCUAACCAGGGGAAGAAGAAGGCAGAGAAAGCGGAGGCGACGGCGCCCUCCGCUGACCGGAGAGACUCAUCGCUCCACGUGGAGGACCUGGACGACCCGCCGCUCUCCCCUGUACCCCGCAUGGACCACUUCCAACGCUACAUCUCCUCACAUGGAGCCUCCAUCCAAAAAACCAAACUCUUCCUGGAGAAGGAGGGCGCCCGGCUGAUGGAGAGGCAGGCGGCCCAGGACGGAGGGGCCACCGAGGAGGAGGCCAGGCGCGUGGUGGAGCGCCAGCGGGCGGUUCAGAGGGGAAGCGCUCUCCUGCGGAGGAAGGAGGAGCAACUGCAGCAGCUGGAGAGCUCCUUGGCCGACGAGCCCUUUUUCGAGGAUCUGUCUCGGCUGGCGGGAGAGAGGAAGGUGACCUUCGAUGUGACUGAAUCGGACCUCAGCAGCACGUUGGACCCACCCGACAGGACGGGUCACCCCACCAUGCCGGACAAAGUCCAGGAGUUAGCGGAGUCCCUGCAGCAGAUCUCAGGCCAGCUCAACAGCGUGCUGAGUGCGCUGGGGUCGCUGUCGCCGAGCCAGGACGCCGCGCCCUGCGCCGCCUUUCCUUCGCCUCAUCACCACUCCGGCCCGGCUGCCCCCUCCGCCGCCGCCGCCGCGCACCAGAUGCACACCCUGAGCUCCUCAGCGCCGCCUCCCCCCGCGAGGCUCCCCGAGCCGGCCUGGACCUGGGCGCUCCACGGCGGCUCCCCGGCCUUCCCCCUCUUCAGCACCCCUCUGAGCAGCGAGGACCUCAUCAGCAGCCGGUGGAGCCAGAUGUUCCCCGGAGCGGCCGCGGAGCCGCUGGCCUCCAGCGCCGCCAGGGCGACCUCACCGUACUCGACGCGCGCCCCGGCUCGGUCGGUGCAGGAGGCGGCGGAGGUGGACGGCCAGAGGCUGCAGGGGCUGAUAGACGGCAACAAGAGGUGGCUCGAGAUGCGCAGGAAGGACACCAGCAUACCUCUGUUCACGCGCUACCGCGCUCCCCCGACCCCCAGCGGCCUGGUGCAGCUGGGCCUGGACGAUAACAACCAGAUCAGGGUCUAUCACUACUGAGGAGGCCGCGCCUGUCGGUCACCCCCCCCCCCCCCCACAGUCGAAGGCACAACGUCACGUUUACAGAGCAGACAUGUUUUUUAACAAGUUGGGAGGAAAAAUCGAGAGAAUCCCAGAGAAGGGUUUACUGCACUUGAUAUUUCUCUGGAGGAAAACACUCGGACCUCCUCCCACGCGUCUUCAUGUCCCAACGGGUGCUCCGCUUGUGUUUUUGACAAAACCUUUGUGACAUAUUUACUAAUGUUCGGUUGUUUCAGCCUUUGACGAAUGGCAAAUAGAAUCCUUGUUUGUAAAAUUGGAGCCAAAACUCUUUUAUUCGACAUGAAUUACUUACAUGUUAACACAUCAUUAGCAUUGAGCCA